AUGUCGAAUCAGUGCAAUAACCUAGUUAUCAACGAACUACUGUGCUUCUUACAAUGUAAAAUUGAUAUUAUGGACGAAAUAAGUUUGGUGCAGAUAUGUGAAUCUAACUUUAAAGAGGCUGAUAUUUCUACCGCCAAAACCAUCCUUUUCGAAGCAGCAAAGUGUCGCUCAACAAGAAAAGGGGACGGCAAGAACAAACGAUUACUACAGGAUAUUAUUAAAGUUCUAAAAGAAACAGAGCCCGCUUCACUGCCCACCUUCGUGGCAAAAGAUCUACACCGUCUUCCGCCGGUGACUUUCGAUUACGUAGAUGUAACGAGCCUACUUAAAGACAUUUUAGUGCUUAAACAAAACAUCCACUGUAUCCAAACAGAUUACGUAAAAGCAUCGGAAUUAUUUCAAUUACAGCAAGAGAUAGAAAACAUUAAAAGUAGUCAAUAUCAGACACAAAGUGAGCAAAAUAUUGGCGCAAAAUUUAGCAACGGCUUGUUUUUAAAUAACGAAGCCAAGCGCGUCCCGAGUGCCUCGUCUUCGCGGCAGCAAGCAGCGACCAGCGCGCAUGCGCCCUGCGUGCCGUCGUCGACACCGUUGCCGCUCCUCACGCCCGCGCAGAGCGGCACCGCUGCGCCGGCCACUGCUUCGGCACAAGAGCCGCCCCCCGCGCCCGCAACACCGUCGCUCCCCGCGCGCUUGCUCGCGCCUCACCGCGUGACCCCAUCAGCUGAUUGCACCGCCGAGUUGCAAAGUUGCCUUGUGAAAACGACAGAACUAAUAGAUAACACCUUUGAUGAAAUACAGUUUGAUGAUAGUUUUACGACUGUCGUGAACAAGAAGAAGAAAAAGACCUAUACAGAACCACGGCUGCUUCCGCAUCUUUUUAUUCGUGGUCGACGCAAUAGAAAUAAACUUAAAACACCUUUACUGACUUUUGGUGCAUGGAAUGUUCGCACCCUUCUCGACCGGGAGACAAACGCCUGCCCAGAACGAAAAACGGCCAUAGUUGCUCGAGAACUCCGCCGCUACAACAUUGAUAUAGCUGCUGUAAGCGAAACCCACCUUGCCGAUGAGGGCGAGCUAGUCGAGCAUGGCGGUGGCUACACUUUCUACUGGAAGGGCACUGCUGCAACAGAACCAAGAAGGUCGGGAGUUGGUUUUGUGAUCAAGAAUAAUCUUGUGAAGACACUUCAAGAAUGUCCAAUCCACAUCUCGGACCGUAUAACCACAUUGCGCCUUCACUUAGACGGUGACAAUUUCCUUAAUGUUAUCAGUGUCUAUGCACCGACGCUAGAUAGUUCUGACGACAUCAAGGAUAAAUUUUAUGAAGAACUUACACAAUGUCUCCAUAAAAUACCGAACAGAGAAAAGAUUCUCUUGUUAGGGGACUUCAAUGCUAGAGUUGGUCAAGAUUAUGAAGCGUGGCCUAAAGUUUUGGGUAGGCAUGGGGUAGGCAACAUCAACUCUAAUGGCCAGUUGCUGCUUAGUUUAUGUGCUCAAUUCCAACUUGCAAUCACAAACACCAUGUUUCGCCUUGCUGCUAAGCACAAAACUACGUGGAUGCACCCACGUUCUAAGCACUGGCACCUCAUUGACUAUGCCAUCACGAGGCAGCGAGACAUCUCUCAGGUCCUAGUCACUCGUGCUAUGCGCGGUGCUCAUUGCUGGACGGACCAUAGACUAAUUGUCACCAAACUGCGUCUUUGCCUUCGGCGACCAUUCAGGGCUAGCAGGAAAAAGCCUCAGAACAUAAACAUUGAGAAACUCAAACAUCCGGGACCCCGAAGCAAAUACGCUGAAACGCUGGCAUGUGAUAUACACUCUCAUCAAAAUACCGGUGAUAUUGAUGCAGACUGGAACGCUUUAUCGUCGUCCAUUCUUGACGUAGCCAUUAACACCAUAGGGCUAAAAAAUAAACGCAAGCAAGACUGGUUUGAUGAGAACGACGAAGUUCUUUCUAAAGCUAUUGCCAAACACCGAGAACUUCUCAAGCGCAGUAAUAACAGCGCACUUAUAGAGAGUGACCGUGAGUUGCGUAAACUCACGAGACACACUAAAGAUAAAUGGUGGCAAGACAAGGCUCAAUACAUCCAGUCGCUUGCUGAUAGUAAUCAGCUCGGUGAUUUCUAUAGCGAAAUUCGCAAUCUCCUAGGUACCACCAACUUCAUAAAGGUACCACUGAAGUCGCUGGAUGGUAAAAGUCUGCUGAAAAGCAAAAAUGAAGUGUUAGAUCGUUGGGCAGAACACUUCAAUAAUCUACUUAAUGUAGAUCGAACAGCCGAUCUACACUACAUAGACAGUUUGCCUCAACUUCAAAUAGCAGAAGAAUUGGAUGAUGCCUUGUCUAAACAUGAGGUGCUUUGUGCCAUCAAACAACAGCAAAAUCAGCGUGCGGUUGGCCUAGACCUUAUACCAGGUGAGCUUCUGAAGUACGGCGGCGAGGAACUGCAUUCGCGCGUCUGGGAAAUGUUUGUGCUUAUGUGGGAGAAAGAACAAGUUCCUGAAACUUUUAAGUUAUCUCGCGUCAGGGCUCUCUAUAAGAACAAAGGCGACCGGUCGGAAUGUGGUUCUUACCGCGGUAUUUCACUGCUCUCUGUCUCUGGAAAAGUCUUCGCCAGAGUACUUCUAAACCGCCUCAGGAACCUCUCUGAAAAGAUUCUGCCGGAAACCCAAUUUGGUUUCAGACCAGACAGAGGAACUUGUGAGGCAAUAUUCGCAGUCCGUCAACUCCAGGAAAAAAGUAGAGAGCAGGGACAGCACUUGUAUCUCUGCUUUAUUGAUCUGGAAAAAGCCUUUGACUGCGUCCCUCGCGAGGCCCUCUGGAAGGUACUGAGAAAGUUGGGGUGUACAGAGAAGUUCAUAAGACUCCUGCGACUCCUGCACGAUGACAUGCAAUGUUGUGUAGCGGUUGAAGAUGACCAAUCGAGCUUCUUCUCCGUCACCUGUGGAGUAAAGCAAGGUUGUGUCCUGGCUCCCACAUUGUUUGCAUUAUAUUUCGCAGUUGUAGUCCGGGAAGUAUUGAAUUCUUCUCCUGAAGGAGUUCGUAUUCGUUAUCGGACUGACGGCAAACUUUUCAACCUGAAUAGACUCAAGGCGACCACAAAGGUGUCCUAUGCACAUAUACAGGACAUUAUGUAUGCAGAUGACCUCUGUUUCGUGGCUGUCCCUGAAGUCCUGCAACAGCUAGUCACGAACCUUCACAAGCAGUGCUGUACAUUUGCUAAAAUCAGCAUCAAAAAGACAGAAGUAAUGUCUUCAGACAAUCACGGACGUCAAGAACUGACCAUUAUGCUUGGUGAAGAUGUCCUGAAGCAGGUCGAUAAAUUUCGAUAUUUGGGGAGCAUUAUAACAUCAAAGUGCGACCUUGACGCCGAAAUCAAUAGCAGAAUUGGUGCUGCAGCCGCUGCUUUCGGCAAAUUCGACAAGAAGGUUUUCAGCUCCCAUGACCUAAAGAUAUCCACAAAGGUUUCUGUGUAUAUGGCAGUUGUGUUGCCUUGUAUACUCUACUCAGCGGAAACAUGGACACCGUACCGACGCCACAUCAAGCAACUAGACCGCUUCCACCUCAAAUGUCUGCGCAAAAUAUUAAAUAUCCGUUGGUUUGAUCGUGUGCGUAACACAGAAGUGUUGAGGAAAGCCAAUGUAGGUGGCAUUGAAGCAUACCUCAUGAGGAGACAGCUUCGUUGGUGCGGGCAUGUACUGCGCAUGCCGGAUACUAGAGUGGCCAAGCGCAUCCUCUACUCCGAGUUGCAGGAGGGCAAGCGGAAACGUGGCGGACAGCUGCUGCGAUACAAGGAUGUGCUGAAGCGUCACAUGAAAAGCUGUUCCAUUGACCCGUCUCAGUGGGAGAAUCUGGCAUCCAACCGCAGAGACUGGAGAAGCCGCGUUAAAGCCAAAGUCUUUGACUUUGAAGCACGCCGACUUUCUGAGUUGGAUGCCAAACGAGAUGAGUUGAAAGCUCGACCGCCUGUAGCUAUCAACUACAACUUUGUGGCUGGUACCCUGACAUGUCCGCAGUGUGCGCGGACUUUCACGCACAAAAUUGGAUACUCCAGCCACAUGAGAGCACACGCACGCCAUUAGGGUCGAAGUGGUCGCCGUUGCCGAAAUCGGCGUGGAAGAGAU